AUGGAUAUACCAUUCGAAGCCCGGAUCCCUCGCGAUCCCAAGUUCAGAGCUGAAAACAGCAGCGACGCAUUCGUAGCCCUGGCGAAAUGGGCAGUGGAUUACUCAACAGCUGAGGGGGUCAAAGCAGGCUAUAAAGCCGCCUUCCAGUCAGGCCAAGAAAGGAUAAGUGGCUUCUUUUCAAGUCUUCAAGGCUCUUCGAGCAAAAAGCCGGACUUGCCAACAGAAAAGCUGGUUCACUCGCCGCUUCAAGAUCCGAAAGGAAUUCGUCUUGUUCAAGUAGAAGUGAAGGACUCUAUCCUUUCUUUGAACCUGCGAACCUAUUCAUCCUCUGAGAUCCCGCCUUAUGUCUGCCUCUCUUACGUCUGGGUUGACUUUGGUCCUAUGUGGAAUCGUGGCCGUGACUUUCGCGAGACUGAGCUUGAGGUCCCUCACUUCAGUCAUGCCGAUAACGUCGAUAUAGCGAUCAAUAGCCGAAUAUUUCCUAUCGGAGCUAAUCUACACGCUGCCCUGCUCGGUUUGCACAAAUACCUCAACGGCAGACCUAUCUGGACCGACGCUAUCUGCAUCAACCAGGAAAACCCGGAUGAAAAAACUGUCCAGGUAGCUCGUAUGGAUGAGAUCUAUAGUGCAGCCGAGAAAGUAUUUAUUUGGCUGGGUAGAAAACAUACCGAGCGAACCGCUGCGAUGAGCAUUCUGAAAGCAUGGCCUGCCUUUCCAGAGGACCCAAACAAUGCCGACAUCCAAUUCCACGGGAAGAAGUACGCGACUGCAAAAGCAUUCUUCGAUGCAACGUCAACAGGCUCAGAGCUUAUAUCAUGGCUAAAUCUUCUUCGAAUCGUCACCGAAAGUUGGUGGAGUCGAGUAUGGACUGUUCAAGAAUUCAUUCUUGCCAAAAACUACUCUUUCUACUACGAUGGAGAAGAAGUCCCUGCGUCAGAGUUGAAAAAGGCGAUGGAUUGGACCUACUUCGUUGCUAAUCACUUGUCGCCGAAGAUGGUACCUCAUUGGGUUACUUUCCAGCCUUCGAUGUUUGACUUGAAGAAGAGUGCCGCGAAACUUCAUCUUCUUGACGUGACACUUCUUGGGGCGACGAGAAUGGCAGGUGAUCCGCGUGACAAGGUCUGGGCAUUUCUCGGUAUCACUGACCCAACAACUCUUGGUCAGACACCUCUCAAGCCAGACUACAGUAACCGAAAUAUGGGCGACUUCUACCUCGACAUAGCGCAACGUCUCAUAAAAGGUGACGCAGGUCUUCUCGUUCUAUCUCUAGUCAACCAUCCUCUGCCCCGAGAAUCUUACAAGUUCACAUCAUCAAAGCCAAUCGGCAACAGAUUACUAGAUAAGCAUAAGGCCAAGAAGCGUUUCCCUUCGAAGAAGCCAGAUUGGGCGCCGCUGGAAGAAGACAUCUUUGACGAUGCCCUCCAGCCAGACUGGUCCGGAAAGGGAGUUGGCUACCCAAGUUGGGUUCCGAAAAUGGCGAGCGCCGUUGCGACCGAGCCACUGUUUUUAAAGGAGAUGAAAGCCCAAAAGGCUCGGGGUAGGCCACUGUAUGAUCACGGUUGGCGAGUCUUUCACGCUGCGUCUAGUGUAAAGAGCGAUUAUUCGUUGUCCGAGAACGGAAGAACGUUGUCGGUGGGCGCUCAUAUCUUGGAUAGAAUCACCAAGAUUGCUCCCCUGCCUAAGAAGAAAGAAGAGGAGAAGGCGUUCUACAAGAGCCUUCGGUCAUGGUAUCCAGGGAGGACCCGCCUCGCCGACAUAACUUACCCGCCCCAAACUUCGACAACUGUCCCCGAGGCGCUGUGGCGAACGCUUUUGACCAACAUCUGGCUCACCACUCAUCCUGCACCUGAUGCUUGCAGCGACCACUUUGCCAAUUACCUGGCCCGCAUCUCAGACUCUGCCUCUGAUGCAAAACAUGAUCUUCGAUCGAAGCACAAACCUGAUCCAGAGGAGGGAGACAUCUUUGCGGUUGCGGUGGAUGAUGCUGGGGCUGAGAGGGUGCUUUUCGUUACGGAGAAAGGAUAUUUGGGGCUAGGACCAGCAAGGACGGAAGUCGGCGAUGUUGUGAGUUUGGUUGCUGAGGCUCAUGUGCCAUUUGUGUUUCGUAAGGGGCAGGGAUGGAUCUUGAUUGGGGAGAGUUAUGUGCACGGUGUGAUGUAUGGCGAAGCUGCUCAGAAGGUAGACUUCCAGAAGAUUAAGAUUGUAUGA